UCGGUCACUCGCGUCUGCGCGUAGCUGGAAGGCCGCGCGCGGGAACCAGCGGAGGCGCUGACGAGACCCCGCAGGUCCUGGGAGGAAGGGGCGCGGUGGAGGCGACUCUUCCUGGGCCCCCUCGGGCGAGCGGCGGAGGAGCGCGGAGCCUCGGCGGUCCCGGCCCGACCGUCGGGGGACUCAGCGGAGCCGCGCCCCUCGUGACCGGAGCCGUCCACGCCGACCCGGCUCAUUUGCCGCACGCAGACCCGGCUGACUGAGGCCCGCGCUGACCCGCGCUGACCAGGGCCGCCGUCCGGCCGUUAUUCCCGCGCAGGAUACGUGAUACUUCGACUACAGUUGAAAUUCUUCCUUGCUGCUACCACCCCUCACCCCACAGAUUUUCUUCCAUCUGGCCCAUCCUUCCUCGGCUCACGGGGCUCCCCUGUGCUCCCAGGAGCUCCGCGUAUGCCCUCCUCAUUCCAGUCAGUGCCAGCUUUACUUCUUAGAGCCCAUCGUGAGGGCUGUGGCCACCAUAUUGGUCCCGUGCUGUCCUCAUGCCAUUUGUUCUCUUAUCCUCUUAGGAGAUCUGCUUUCGCCCUCCCAGGCCCUGUAGCCCGGCUCCCCCAGGUACAGGAAGCAGCUGGGCAGAGGUCUCCCUCAGCGGGGCCAGACAUGGCGUCCGUGGACUUCAAGACCUACGUGGACCAGGCCUGCCGCGCUGCCGAGGAGUUCGUGAACGUGUACUACACCACCAUGGACAAGCGGCGGCGGCAGCUGUCCCGCCUGUACAUGGGCACGGCCACCCUGGUGUGGAACGGCAACGCUGUUUCGGGACAAGAGUCCUUGAGUGAGUUUUUUGAGAUGCUGCCUUCCAGUGAGUUCCAAAUCAACGUGGUAGACUGCCAGCCCGUUCACGAUGAAGCCACCCCGAGCCAGACCACAGUCCUCGUGGUGAUCUGUGGGACAGUGAAGUUUGAGGGCAACAAACAGCGGGACUUCAACCAGAACUUCAUCCUGACGGCGCAGGCUUCACCUAGCAACACGGUGUGGAGGAUUGCCAGCGACUGCUUCCGGUUCCAGGACUGGGCCUGCUAGUGGGGCGGGGAGACACCCCCAGCCUGAACUCUGUGCUCACUCGAGUCUGAGGGGCCCUUUCUGGACGUACACUUGUUUGUCAUAGCUGCCUUUUCAAAGUAGUAAAAUUCUCUAUUUUUGUACUCACCUAGUAGAGACCUUGGUUCUGGAAAUUCUGAUGAAUAAAACGAUAAUAGGAAUGCUGCUUCUUUUCUC